CUUGGGCGGGGCACGGCGGUGCGCCCGGAGGCAGGAGCUGCAGGAGUUCGAGCGCCUGGGCUGGGCGCGGGCAUCUGAGCCCGCGGAGCUGUGUCCAGGUCUUCACUACCCUGGUCCUCAGGGGCGCUUCCCACGGCGCUUCCUUUUGUCGUGGCAUCGGGUCACACUUGUCAGCGGAGGUAAAUACCGUCCUCCGAAGGACCCUCACAGCACCUCCUGCCAGAGAAAGGUGGGCGCAAUUCUCCACCACUGAUCGCCUUUGCAGGGGGCUGACACUCGGAGGGUCAGUACCCCACCUCCUAGCCUGACUGCUUCUCUCUUGCGCCCCAGCACCCCUAGCAGUUGAGGAGCGCCCACGCGUGUGAGGGACUGUACCUGGGGGGGCGUCUCACGCCCCUUACCGCUGGUCUGCCAUAGCAACCGUUGCUAAGGGGUGUGGCUCGGCUCCGCAGAGCCAGGGAGAUUUCCGCGGCUCAUAAAUAUUUGAUUAUUCAAAUGAGGUCCUGCCCGCGUUGCCAGGGCGCCCAGGCCUGAAGCCCCGAGGCCGGAAGAACAAUCCGAAGUCGCAGAGAGAGCCUGAUAGCGGAGGGCGCCCAGGGCCGAGCCCCACAGGCCGGGGCACCGGGGCUGAGCCCUCAGCUGCCACUUGGCCCACAUGCUGCACCCCUGGCCCAGAUGUUUGACCCACAGUGGGAAAAGGCAGCUGACUCCAGGUUGCAUGUGAAUGGACAGGGCCCAAGGGCCUCGGCCGAGCUCGGCCAGUGUCCAAGUGCGGGAGCUGAGCUGGCACGGCCGGCACAACCCCCACCCGCAGAGCAAGGACCCUGGCAGCCAUGGGAGUGGCCGCAGUGAGCAUCUGGUGGAGGAGUACCUGUCACCUGCCCGACUGCGGGCACUGGCCCAGAUGCCUGACCUUCGGCUGGUGAGCACGCUGGAGAUGUGUGUCGAUACGCGCGAGUACAGCCUGGGCAACUUCGGGCUACACCUGCCCAGCCUCAGCCAACUGAAGUUGAACGGCAGCCGCCUGGGCUCUGUGAGAGACCUGGGCACCUCCCUGGGCCGCCUGCAGGUGCUGUGGCUGACUCGCUGUGGCCUGGAGGACCUGGACGGCAUUGGCUUCUUCCCGGCCCUGAAGGAGCUCUACGCCUCCUACAACUGCAUCUCGGACCUCAGCCCACUGUGCCUGCUGGAGCAGCUGGAGAUGUUAGACCUGGAGGGCAACGGCGUGGAGGACCUGGGGCAGGUGUGCUACCUGCAGCUGUGCCCGAGGCUGGCCACGCUCACCCUGGAGGGCAACCUGGUGUGCCUGCGGCCAGGCCCCCACAACAAGGUGCCACUGGGCUAUAACUACCGGGCAGAGGUGCGCAGGCUCAUCCCCCAGAUACAGGUGCUGGACGACGUGCCAGCCACACUCACAAGCCCACCAGCCUCCCGGAAGCUGGACCAGGACUGGCUCAUGGUGAAGGCGGCCAUCCAGGAGGGCAGGGUCCUCAACGGCCUGCUCCCCACGCUGGAUCGUCCCCAUGGAGACCACAUUUGGAGACUCAGCCCUGAGCUCUCCCUGCCUGAGACCCAGCCCCGGGCCCCCAGGCCCUGGCCCCUGGCCCUACUGGUCCCCAGAGGGCCCCUACCCGAAGACCUGCUUCCCAAGGACCAGGCCCCAGGGGAUGACGCCAGCAACCUCACCCACGGCGCCGGCCCAGUCCUCUGCGGGAACCCCACCAAAGGCCUGCGAGAGCGUCGGCACCAGUGCCAGGCCUGGGAGCCCACCGAGCAGCUGCCUUCACAAAGGCUGGAAGGCCUGGCCACCAAUGCCUGUCCUCCAGGGCCUGACCCUGCAGACAGCCAUGACGUCUUGGCAUUGGCUGGACUUGAGGCCUGGAGGGGCCUGCGCCUGCGGCAGCUAGAGUCCUGGCAGGAAGGGGCUAAAGUCCCCCGGGGUCCACGCAGGGGCCCUGAAGCACAAGAGGAUGAGACCGGGCCCAAGACUUCCCCCAGCCCCCUGAACCUGGCCCCAGAACUUUCCAGGACCUUGGGCUAUCACCUGCUCCCUUCUCCCCCAAAGCUUCCCAUGCCACCUGAUUCGAGCAGCCCUUGGGGGUCCACAGACCUGCAGUUCCGGGGGCGUCGGCUCAGAGCCCUGGGCGACUCGGGGCCUGGCCUGGAUCAGGGGCUGGCUGCAGUGGCUGCUCUGAGAUCCCUGGAGGGGGCCUCAGGCCCAAGCCCUAGAAACCAGGGAUGUCCAGGCCCAAAGCCAGCACCGAAUCCAGCCGCCGGACGCCCAGCCCUCCGGUGCCUGCCACACCUGAACCCUGUCACCCCAGCCCAAUCCCACCCCUAGUCCAAACCCCACCCACUGCCAAGCUGCCCAGGACUGUGGCCAAGGGGCCGCCCUUAGUGAUGGGAGCCUCAUGGAACCCAGAGCAUCUGGGUGGGUGUUUGGGGGGGGUGGGAGGUGGGCCUGGCACAGGAGAGGCCCCUCGGUGGAGGGAAGUGGGGACCUGCACCACCAGGGAGUGCGCACAGGUGAGAGCCCAGAACAGCCCAGCUCCCCACCGCUGGCCCAGUUGCCCACGGCUUCCAUAGGGCCUGGCCUUCGCGGGAGGAGGGGUCAGAGGAGCAGGACUGGAAGAGGCUGGGUGGGACCCAGGCUGGGUGGCCGAGCUGUGCCUGUCCAACCCCUGGCAGGCCCUGCAGCCACCGCUGGGCCACUGUUGUUUCAGCAGAGGCGCUUGCCCUAGGCGGAAAAGAGUGUAACCAGGCCUCCCAUCCCUGGAGGAUUUGUGCGGCUGGGGGGUGGCAGGAUACCCAGAAACCAAGCGAAUCAUUUUCGACUCAGGUGUACAGAAAUGCAGUUUACUUCGUAGGUGACGUUGGUUCAGUAAAUUAUGCAGCUGGCA